CCGAGCGCGCGCAUUUCGGAUUUCGAACGCGACAGCGCGUCUUUAACUUCGAAUAAACAAAAAAUAAAAGACGCCAUUUUUUUAACAACGUUAAAUACCUUUUUGUUAUUUUAACCACAGUUUUAAUUAACCAUGAGAACCAUGGCUAGUGUGUGUUUCUUGGUGAUUAUGCUCGUUUUUGUACAAAAUGUUUUCGGAAAUGUAUGUACGAAGAAUGAAAAUAGUUUAACUUGCGAUGAAUGCAUCAGGUGCGGCGGUGAAUGGUGCAGGGAACGUAAGCUCCCCACUUCUCACUGUGUCUUCGCUUCAGAAGAUGGUUGGUGUCCAGCUGAACGGGAAUAUCUACCAGCAGCUAACGACAAAUCCACUAAAGGUGUUGAAGUCAACCCGGUAUCUGCUGAAAGGACUCUCUAUGUCGGCAAGAAGAACAAAUUAGACAUUCAAUAUACUUCUAAAACUAAGGACAAGCCCAAGAUGAUGAUUCUGCAGUCGACGCAAAGCUUCAACAUCGAUUUUGACAUCGACGAGCCGGAAUGUGCUGGGUCGAUGUGUGCCACCACUGUGUCUGCAACUCCUACACAAGACUUCUGCAACGUGACUGGUGGCGUGUCUGAGUAUGUGGAAGUCAGUAUCAACGUGGGGCUCGCUGAAGAAGUGAAGAUCAAGUACUAUGUAGUCUGUGCCUGCCCUUGCAGCGGUAACGCCGAAAUUAAAUCCCCUAUCUGCCACAGAAAUGGGAACUAUUCUUGUGGAAUCUGCAUUUGUGAAUUUGGAUGGACUGGCGAACUUUGCGAGAAACCGAUUUGUGAUGAGACCAAACGUGGUGAUGUUGUCCAAUGCUCAUUGAACCCUAGGAAUGAUGAGGACUGCUACGGUAAUGGCUACUGCGGCAUUUGUGAAACUUGCGUCUGCUACACAGACCGGGAAGGUUCCCAAUAUUUCGACCAAGACAACAACUGCGCAGGUCUCUGCACAAUCACAAACGGUGAUUAUGAAGAUUGUCUCGUCAACAGCAACGGUACAAGUGGAAAAUGUUACAAUUCUCAUUCAAAAUUGAUCAUGCAACGCUACAAUGUUUCUCUCGCGAACGAAAGAGAUAUGCAGAAUAGAAAAGUUUGGGUGAAAUGCAAUGAAACCUUUGACGACUGUGGAAGAUUAGAGUACUUCGCCAGACGAGAUGACAGAGGAGAUAUUUACGUUAUGAUGGUGAAUCAUUGCAACGAAAUUAUUGCUGAGGCUGUAGUGGCCGACACGAAAGUGCCAAUAAUCCUGGGAGUUCUUGGCAUCGUAGCAGCAGUGGCGGCUGUGAGCGGCGUGAUGCUGUGGAAACACUUGAACACAGUACCUCCAGUCCCUCUCAAUGACCCUCAGUACCAGAACAUUGACGCUGAGGACUGCACGGGAGAGAACCCGCUGUAUAAACCUCCCACGUCUUCUUUCAAGAACCCGACGUAUGGCAAGUGGUAGUUAUGGUGUUACCUGCUGGCUGAAUCAUCAAGGACUGAAGAUCAGGGUCAAGCGGACCUGGGACCCCACAGAGAUGACUACCAAUUAUGAAAGUCAACACUUCAGCUCAGAACCCCCUGAAUCAUUCGACUCAGCAGUAACGAGUCGAGCUGCUGUCAUCGGGGCCCCUCUCCAGUCCAAUAUUCCAUUCCAACACUGCCUGUGAUCAACACUACGAUGAAGAAAUUACAUUCGUCCGGUGUUCGUGUCGCAAACUGUAACUAGAAUACAUUUUAUACCGUAGUUGUAAGUGUUAAGGUCGGUACACACAUCAGCGCGCCCGCCGCGUCCUGACAGGAACGGGAUUAAAAUAUCGUCGCAUACGUUUUGCAUACGAUCUGCGCCUCGCCCAUUAGUGGCUAUCGAGCUGGAUAUUUUCUCUUCACUGUCAGACGCUGCAAUGCUUAUAACUGACGUCACAUUUAGAAAACAACUAAAAGCAAAAUGUUCCCGCGUAUUAUUUUGUCACAGCUAUUUUCUGCAUGUGUCGUUCCCAUGUCGACCGUGAAAGGGCACGUAUUAGGCACAGCACGGUGAUAUGUGCACCGACUUAAUUAUGUAAUUAAUACCUCUGUGAUAUUUAAGAUGAUUUAAUUGAAGAUGUCCGGAUGAGUCACCGAGGAGCGCUGUUUGAUUUGUAAUCUAACGGUAAACACAGACCGUAUUGAACAAUCUGUUGACGCAUAAUAUAACAACGUACUUACGUACGAGUUAAAUCCUAUACUAUUGUGUACUACACGCAAGGUUAAUUCAAAUUAGUAAACAACUUAUUGGGUGACUCACUGAGUAAUAAAAAAGUUAGCGCUAUAAAGAUAGUUGUGUAUUCAUAACUGCGAAGUUGUCGUUUAGCGUAGAUAUUAUGUUGUGAAAUUGUUGUUUUACAAUAAGUAUUCCAUUGUAGAGUGGUCGUGACUGAGUGAUGUGUUCGUGUAUUACUUACUGGACCGCGAAUUACAAGAAUAAGUAGACUGACAGACUUAUAUAGAAAUUUGUACUUCUCAUCUCGCAAACAUUAGUGGCCUAAUGAAUGAUUUGUUAAGGAGAAAGUUACACGAAAGUAGGAUGUUGAAGUGAUUUUUUAUGUAGGUGUGCUACAAUGCUUUGUGGGCAGAUUCAUUCUGUGAUCCGAUGGACCAGUUUUUUGAUGACUAACGGGUUUUAACCCGAAUCGAAUGCCCGAUGUCUAUUGGUUGUGGCACCUCAUAGUACUAUGGUUUUCAUAAGAAGCAUGACUACACGUCUAUUUAAAUAUAUUAAUGAACAAUUCCGCAACUAAAUUGCUUCAAAGUACGUAAUGUUUAUAAAUAAGUUCCUACAAAAGAUUGAUUUAUAUAAAAAGCUAAUAAUUAGAUACUCGUUAAAUUAUAAAUCGUUAAUUUAUUAUUUGGCACAAUUCAAACCAAAGUUUUAGUAAAACAGUAUUUUUUUAUUAUAUUAAUUGGAAUUUUAAUCAAAUGCCAAUGCUUCGCUUGAAAAAAAAAAGAAUGUAUCUAAUAAUCGUAUAAAUAUUUUAACCCCGCUUAAUACAGGAAAAACGACGUACUACCUAUUUGAGAAAGUAGAUAAGUAGGUAUAUUCACGAGGAAAAAACAAUACAGUUAGUUUCACAUGUCUGCGCUCUAAUCAAGUUUAAAUGAAAUUCGGAAGUCUGCAAAUAUUUAUCUCGUGACUAAACCUACCUACAUCAUCUCAUAAAGCCCACAACGAGUCUUUACAAACUUGUAGAACAUUAUAAAUUAUAUUCUGUGUAAUGUUGCAUAUAUCGCUAUCAAAGUGCAUUGUACUUCCGUUAGUUAUAUCUAUGUAAAUAGUUAACUAUAUUCCGAUGUAAACACUAGGCAAACUGUUACACUAAGCGCCUGCGCAAACGGGACGAAUUUUGUCCGACUGACUUGACCCAACUGCAUUAAGAAGUUAGGUAGUCUUAGCUCUCUUUGUCAAUUAUUUGAUAGAUUUUAAGAGAUAUGUGUAGACCUAAUAACGAGAGGUAUCCUGUGACAUGCAGUAGGUUGAGUCAAGUACUCAGUGAACCUUUUCACGAUUAAUUAAUACGAGUAAAGUUCCUCGUCUGCGCAGGCCCAUAGAUACCUUUGUAAAUAUACGAUAUAAUAAAUGAUGUUCAGUUUGGGCCAAGUUAUAUCGCUAUCCUUCAAACACAAAUGUCUUCUAUGGUACGUGUGAGAAAGACAGAAACAUGACUUGGCCCAAAAUAUAAGCAAACGUCUAUUUAAUUCAAUUAGUUGUAAUAUUCCAUACUUAUGCUCGUAUAGCUUGUAGAAUUAAAUUAUUAACAUCACACGUAGUACUUUUUGACAUUAUUAAUUGAUUUGUAGUAAUUAAGUAUGUCUCAUUAUGAAUAAGUGUUGUUGAAUGAUCUGCGC